AUGGCUCCCAACGCCCGCAAGCGCCACGCCGACUCGCAGAACAACAAGGGGAGCAAGCGCCGCCGACCUCACGCUGAUGGCGACGAACAAGACCCGGCCGCAACAGAGGCCGCACUAAAGGCCUACAUGCACCACGCCGUGCGCCUCGUCCACAAGGCCGUCAAGAAGGCCAAGACGUUCGAGCUCCAGAAACUCACCCGCAAGCUCAAGCAGACCCGGGAGCCCAAGGAGGGAGCUCAAGUCGACGCCGCCCUCCUCGCCGACCUCGAGGCGCAACUCGCUGCUCUCAAGACCCUCGACCUCGACCCCAUCCCCACGCACCUCCUCACCACCCGCCUCUCCAAGCUCCACUCGCUGCGCGCCUCGCCCCUCCUCCCCGUCCUCCUCGCCACCCUGCCCGCCCCGAAAUUCCCCUGGGCCGAGCUCGACCCGCACAGCGCACCGUCCAAGGCGCGCAACCGCGUCCUCGCGCACAAGGCGAUCGGCGACAGCUGGGACGAGGUGAGCCGCGCCGUGCGCAAGCGGCUCGGCGAGGACGUCGACGCCAAGGGCGCCGGGAACAAGGUCGAGAUGAAGAAGGGCAUCACGAUGGACCCGGGGCGGCAGGCGGCGAUCGAGGCGGCGUUCCUUGGCGGCGAGACCGGCGGAGCGGGCGAGGGAGACGCGGAGGGGGCGGCGAGCAGCGAGGACGAGGGGCCUGCGGCGGGCCUGUCGGACGACGAGGGCCCCGUCGCGGGCAGCGAGGACGAGGACGACGAGGACGAGAUCCGGCGCGAGCUCGCUGCGCUCGAGGAGGGCGUCGGGAGCGAGGGCGAGUGGUCCGGCUCCGACUCGGACGACGACGACGGCUUCGCCGCCGCCCCUUCCACCUCCACCUCCACCAAGCCCCUCAAGCGCCGCCAGCUCUCCCUCUCUCCCUCCCCUCCACCCGCCGCCAAGAAGGCGCGCGCGCUCGCGCCGCCCUCCAAGCCCAUCACGUCGUCGUCGUUCCUGCCCUCGCUCAACGCGGGCUACGUCUCGUACUCGGACUCGGACGGCGAGGACGCCAAGUGGGUCAAGGACGCCGAGCGCGAGGACCGCAAGGAGGCUGGCGGGCGCAAGAACCGCCGAGGACAGCGCGCGAGGCAGGCCAUCUGGGAGAAGAAGUACGGCACGGCGGCCAACCACGUCGUCAAGCAGACGGGCGGCACGCUCGUCCCGCUCGCAAAGAUCAAGGACGACAAGGCGGCCCGCGCGGCACGUCGCGCCGCCGCGGCCGCACGAGGCGACGCGCCCCCUGCUGCUGCUGCUGGAGGUGGCGGCGAGGCGGCGCCCGAGCGCAGGAGGCGCGAGUUUGAGCCGCCCAAGGCCGACCUCGGGUGGAAGGCGCGCUCGGGCCCGUCGUCCUCCUCGGCGGCGGCGACGAACAACGCCGCCGCUCCGAGGCCCGCAGCAGGAGCCGGCGGCAAGCCCGCCGAGAAGAUGCACCCGUCGUGGGAGGCCAAGCGCAAGCAGGCCGAGGCGCUCAAGCAGGUGUCGGCGCUCAAGCCUCAGGGCAAGAAGAUCACGUUCGACUGAGCGCGCGCUCUGCAACGACGAUGGCCUUUCUUCCACUCCUC